ACUUUCAUUGUCCGCUAUUCUAUCAGCAGUCAUGAUUUUCCACAUAGCGGCUUUGAGCUUCCUCUUUUUUCCUGUUCACGGUUUCAUCUUAAAGGGUUCUAAGGUAAACGGACAGACAGGCAACAGCAUUGCAGAUGAGGAAUUCAGUGUGUCUGCACUGUUAGAGAAGGCAAAUGUAAAUGUUGGCAAGAACCCAAAUGAACCUCUCGUGAUGUUUGGAGACAUAGCCAUACCAAGUGGACUCCAGAACGCUGAUCCUUGCACAAGAAAUAGGUGUCGAUGGCCAAAAGCAUCAGAUGGCUUAGUCUACGUGCCAUACAGGAUUUCCCAACAGUACUCUGCAAGACAAAGAGCGACCAUAAUGAAUGGUCUGGAGUCCUUUGCGGAAUCUACUUGCAUUCGCUUUACCCCGCGGAAUGGACAAGAGGACUUUGUGGACAUCAAGUCCCGCACAGGGUGUUAUUCGUUUGUUGGGCGGCGUGGUGGUGGCCAAGACGUGUCGUUGAGCCGUCAGGGCUGUGUUUUCCGACAUAUAAUCCAACACGAAUUGCUCCACGCCCUGGGAUUCAAUCAUGAACAGACUCGAUCUGACAGGGACCAGCAUGUCAGAAUCCUCCUUCAGAAUGUCAUGCCUGGGACGGAGAGCAACUUCAGGAGAAUCAGGACAAGAAACCUUGGCACUCCCUACGAUUACAACUCUGUCAUGCACUAUGGAAGGUUUGCCUUUUCCAGGAACAGACAGCCAACAAUAGUACCAAUCCCUGAUGAGAACGUUGCUAUUGGGAGGGCUGAUAAAAUGAGCCCUAUUGACAUUCGUCGGGUAAACAUUCUUUAUCAGUGCAAUGCUUAUCUUUUGCCAAACCCAACAAUGAACUAGAACCAGAACCUUAAUUAUUCUAAUCAAAUCUUAGCUCAGCUUGCUUAUCUCUUUUUUGCCUUCAUAUAAAUCACUGAAAACAACUGAUGAUGUUGAUGAUGAUUUUUAUUUCUGUUCUUUGGUAAUUGUAAAAAGAAAAGACAAUGAUUGCUGUACACAAACCUUCUGCAUUUUGACAAGAUGAUACAUUGAAUUAGUGAACAACAUAUUAAAAUACUGCACCAAUAAAA